UUACUAUUUUUAUGUAUUUUAUUGUUAUUAUUUUUUUUCUCCUCGCCUCGCGGAGCAAGCUUCUCGCACUCCCGCUGUUCGCGCCAACGUGCUGCGCCCUGAUCGUUCAACGGCGGCGGCGGCGGCGUGGUAGAACAGGUGGUCGUUUGUGUCCCGCGUAUGUAGAGCGUUACGUAAGGCGACGGCACGCCGAAAUACGCGGCGCAGAGCGCGAAUACGCGAAUCCGCGGCAACUCCGCGAGAGACUUCGUCGAAUGCGACGGCGGAACGCUGGCGCUGUCGAACGUCACCGCGACGACGCACGGUUCGACGCCCGAAAUAGCGUCCGCGAGACACGACGGUGUCCGCCGCGUCGCCUUUCUUUCUCACGCCAGUUGUACCGUAAUGCACGCUUCAUUCGCCGCGUGACAAUACGCGACACGAUACGCGACGCUAACGCGCGAAACCGGAUCUUUAGAUCUCGCGUUUAAUCAUCUGGGCCUCGUCGAUCUGGACCGUUCCCUACCGACGGUCCUUAAUGCCAAGGAUAAUGCGCAAGGAUCGGAAAAGGCAGCGCGUGUAUGCUUUCUUAUCGAGCGCCAACGUCCAUAUAUAUACGCAUGCCACGCGCGCUAAAGACGGCAUGUCUGAGGACACAUCGCUCGUCUCGAGUCCCCCUCUGUCUCUCUCUCUCUUCCCCUUUCUCGUCGAAUUCGUGUCAAGUUUGCGCCGAGUAUGGUCGCGACGGGUCAUGGGGGGUUCGAGAAAAUGCGUAUUAUCAAUCGACGCGAUCACCACGACGAAGGCGUGUGCCGUAUGUCAACGUCGAGAAUAACCUCGCGACCACCGAAAUACUCUCUCCAGAGCGCGUUCAGCGCAUCGAAGUACACAUUGGAGGGCUCGCAGAGAUGGCACGAGACGAAAUCGCUGGCUGUAUCGCCUCGAAACCGCCGAGGGAGAAAUCAGAAGCCCUCGAAUGCGAUGCAAGGGCCGACCGACCCUUGGUCGGAUGAGAAAAUCCGUUGAUUAAAUUAAAUCAAUAAUGAACAAACACGCUCGUAGAGAGCGAAACUGCCUUUCGCAGCGCGCGCGCGCCAUUAAUGUCUCUUCGACAUAUUGCCUGUUUAUUUUACGUCGUCGUGGUAUCGAUGGCUAUGUUGUUAUCGCCAGCAAGAAGCUGGCGACGUCAAAAUAUUUCUCGCUUCGCCUCUCCCACAUGACAACACACAUGAUGAUGGCUGACAAAUGUCGUGAGUGUUUUUAUCGAAGUUGUCGAAACCUUGGUCUAUUCGGAGCCGUGACGGAGGCCGACCGGGCGCAUUCCGAGAUACGUAAGGAUCCGCAUGAUUCACGACGACUGGUCUAUCCUUUCGGUCGGGAUUGAAUGCACAGUCGACGUGGCGGAGAGCGAGAAGAAGCCAGCCGGUGGCGGGCGGCGGAUGCUGUGGGAUAGUCUGAAAGCAAAUGUCCGAGAUGUGAGAGAGAAGAAAAUAAUCGCUCCUCCGCCGAGCUCUGGCCGAGCCUCUUUUCAUUCUAGGAUGUUUUCGUGCUACCUGGUACAGCAGGAUAGUUUCGGGGCAGGCGAAGCGGAAGAAUUAAAAUAGAUCAUCCUGCGUAGCGCUGACGUCGUAAGACGACGACCCUAAAAUAAAUGUAUCUCCUUUGAUCGGGAAGAGGAUGAAAGUGAGAUAAAGGAGCCGAAAACUCGUUCGCUUUCGAGGGCCGGGGAGAGGAGGAGGGUUGCUGUUUAUUGGGAUUGACUUCAACAUUGGACACAUGGUUCGGCCGGCCGAAAAAAUCCGGCCGCGGGGGCGGGAUGCGCAACAACUCGGGCAGCAACACCAUGCCCCGGCCCCAUUCCGGCGACGAUAUCAACGAGAUCGAGCAGCAGCGUUCCAUCAUCGAGCGGAUGGACGAGGAGACGGUGAACGACAAGUUCGAGGAAAUGCUGGCGAAUAUGAACCUAACGGAGGAGAAGAAGGAGCCGUUGCGCCAGCAAUCGGACUCGAAGAAGAAGGAGAUGCUGGUGCUGCAUUACAAGGGCAGCAUACAGGAGAACCGGUCGAAAUUCGACAAACCGGCCGACUACAUACAGUAUCUGGCGCAGCCCGAUCUCAGCGUCAACAAGAUCUACAGCUGCAUCGAGUCCCUGAGGAUUGCGCUCACCAACAAUCCGCUCAGCUGGGUGCAGGAGUUCGGCACGAAGGGACUCAAGCAGGUCUUGGCUACGCUCAACGAGUGUUAUCGAAAUGCCUUCAUAUAUUACGAUAGCGACAACCGAUACGAGCGAAUACAGUACGAAUGCAUUCGCUGCUUAAAGGCCAUUAUGAAUAAUACCGUUGGUAUCAAGGAGAUGUUGGCCCAUCACGAGGCUCUCACCAUCGUGGCCAGAUCGUUGGAGCCGACGAAACCGUCCGUAAUGUCCGAGGCCGUCAAGUUACUCGGCGCGGUCUGUCUCAUCUCGAGUGACAGUCACAAGAAGGUUUUGGACGCGAUCACUAUGAACGGCGAGUUCAAAGGUCGCGAGAGAUUCCUACCGAUUGUGCAGGGAUUGAUGAACAAGAAGAAUGAAAACUUAAGGGUAGUGUGCCUUCAACUUAUCAACUCGAUAAUAUCGUCUGCCGAGGAUCUAGACUUUCGCUUACACCUGAGGAACGAGGUGAUGCGAGUCGGUCUGGCCAAUAUUCUCGAGACUCUGGAGAAAGACGAAUCGGAGGACCUGGCGACACAUUUGAAGAUCUUCAACGAUCACAAGGAGGAAGACUACGAGGAAUUUGUACAGAGAUUUGACAACGUGCGGUUAGAAUUGGAUGAUAUGAACGAUUGCUUCGAGGUGCUGAAACACAUAGUGCUGGACACCUCCGCCGAGCCGUAUCUCCUAUCUAUAUUCCAACACCUUUUAUUUAUCAGAGAUGACGUUCUAGUGCGGCCGGCCUAUUACAAGCUUAUCGAGGAAUGUAUAUCACAAAUAGUGCUACAUCGUUCUGGCUGUGAUCCGGAUUUUAGCGCGACUAAGCGCUUUCAGAUUGACGUGCAGCCGUUGAUCGAUAACCUAGUCGAGAAGUCACGAGCCGAGGAAGAGCGACGGCUGAUGGAGAUAACUCAAAAGUUGGAGGAAGCCAUCGCCAGCAGGCAAGAGGCCGAGGCGAAGCUUCAGCAUGCGGAAAAUAAAAUCAAGGAAUUGGAACAGGGAAUCGGAGGAGCGAGGCCGACCGGUGGUCCCAGAACUACUGCGGGCCCACCGCCGCCGCCGCCGCCGCCGCCGCCGCCGCCGCUUCCUGGAAUGGGUGGACCACCGCCUCCACCACCUCCUCCUCUUCCCGGUGGCGGCGUACCGCUUCCACCGCCGAUGCUCACGUGUCCACCUCCACCACCUAUGCCUGGAUCGAGAGGUCCUCCGCCUCCACCCAUGCCUGGCGCACCUGCGCCACCGCCUAUGCCAGGAAUGGGUCCACCACCGCCACCGAUGAUGGGGGCUGCGUUCUCGCCAAUUCCACCGCCAACACUCGCCUUGCCUCCUGGCCUAAAGCCGAAGAAGAAGUGGGAAGUGGACAGUCGACUGAAAAGGGCGAACUGGAAAGCGAUUUUGCCUCAUAAACUGACGGAAAAAUCAUUCUGGAUGAAAGUGCAAGAAGACAGACUGGCCAGUCCGGAGAUACUGGACGGUCUCGUGCAGAAGUUUUCGUCGAAACCAAGUGGAAAGAAAAUGGACGAUGUGGUCGAUAAGUCAGCUUCAACGAAGAAAGUGAAGGAUCUCAAAGUUUUGGACAGCAAAGCGGCGCAAAAUAUCUCGAUACUCCUCGGUGGAACACUGAAGCACAUGCCUUACGCGGACGUGAAAACGUGCUUGCUCAGAUGCGAGGGACCAGUCAUCUCGGACAAUAUAUUGCAAGGAUUAAUUCAAUAUUUACCACCGCCGGAUCAGUUGACCAAGUUACAGCUCUACCAGGAUCAAUACGACAACUUGACCGAGGCGGAACAGUUUUGUGUUGCGAUAUCUACUAUAAAGAGGCUAAUGCCGAGAUUGAGAUCUUUGAGCUUCAUGUUGCGAUACGAGGAGCUAGUGCAAGAUGUGAAGCCUGACAUAGUGGCGGCUACAGCGGCGUGUGAAGAAGUGAAGAAUAGCAAAAAAUUCGCACGGAUCCUCGAGCUGAUUUUAUUACUUGGGAAUUACAUGAAUUCCGGCUCUAGAAACGGACAGGCGUUCGGCUUCGAGAUCAACUUCCUCACGAAGCUGACUGGUACUAAGGACGUCGACAACAAGCAGACCCUCAUGCACUAUUUGGUAGAUACGAUAGAAAUGAAGUUCCCGGAGUGUCUUAGUUUCGUCGAGGAACUGGCUCAUGUGGAUCGCGCAAGUCGGGUGUCUUUGGACAACGUCCAGCGAACUCUGCGUCAGAUGGAAGCCAACAUCCGCAAUCUCGAGCAAGAUCUCGCGAACGCCAAGGUUCCGCAGUGUGACGACGACUUAUUUAUAGACGUGAUGAAACCGUUCGCGAAGAAAGCUAGAGAAUCCUACGAGGUCUUGCAGAAUAUGUUCAAGAAUAUGGAUAGUCUGUACACUGAAAUCUCCGAAUUCUUCUCCUUUGACAAGCAGAAGUACAUCAUCGAAGAAUUCUUUGGCGAUAUUAAAACAUUCAAGGAUGAUUUCACGCAAUCGCAGAGGGAAAUAUUGAAGCUAAAGGAGGGCGAGGAGAAGCAGAGACGGGCAAGGGAAGCGCGUGAGAAAGCAGAAGCGGAAAAGGCGGCGCGAGCCGCUCGUAAACGCGCGCUAGUCGACAUGAAUGCACACGAGACGCAGGAAGGUGUCAUGGAUAGUCUGAUGGAGGCCCUGCAAACUGGAUCCGCCUUCAGUCGACCGGACCAACGACGCAAGCGACCGACGCGUGUAGCUGGUGGUAAGUUCUAUAAGGCCACGUACAUCUGGAGGCAAAUGGCGAAGAAGGAGCAAGCUACUCAGCGAUAUAUACUUGGUAGUAAUUUAUACGAGUCCACUAAAUUGAAGUCUGUUAAUGUAACGCCUCGCGGAAUAGCACAACGCGACGUAUUCCAGAGAAUUGCGAGAGUACGUACUACUACGAGCGAUUCUAUGAGCUACUUCACGCCGGAGGAAAAUCAAGAACUUUAUAAGCAAAUGUUGAUAAAUGAGGCUAAGAAGACGCCCAAACUAACGAAGCACAUGUCUAGAAUCACAUACUUUCAGAAGAGAAGGCAGUGUAGUAACUGUAAUCGUGCGUAUUUCACGACGCUACCGGUAGACGAUGACGAGACGCCGAAGAGAAACGUCUCGCUAAAGACAUUCGCGAAUCUCGAGUCUAGAUGCAUCGCCGAUAAGACGGACCCGAAUAUGUGUGUCGACGAGAACGUUUUGCUUCUCAAUGAAACGCGUAUACUCAGUCCGGUCAAACAGAGACGCGUUGUCGUCAGUAAAAUACACAAGCGGAACAGCAUAGUGCGCCGCGCCAUAUCGAAUCGCAGACGUAUGCGGGCGAAUCUGAAGCGCCGCAAGUCACACAGCUGCGCGCAAAGUCCGUCUAGUAUGAACAGUAGUAUGCCUCCGGUUGUGAACUGCUCAGAUUCAAAUAUGAAUGACAACGCAAACGCAGAAAUGUCAAAGUCGGUCGACAAUAUUUUUACCAAGUUGAACAAACGAGCCUCCACUCCGAUCAAGCUCCUCAGAUCGAAGAACUACGAGAACCUGACGUGGUUCAAGGACGAAAACUCAAACAUACAAUUUGGCAAGCCUAAAUCCUUAAACUCGAAUACGUCGAUUGAGAUGAGUGGAGUUGCGUUGCUGUCAGACUGUAGUCAAGCGUCACUGUACAGAGUGAAGUCGAGUAAUUCUAUUAUUGUUGCGAAAAGUCUGAACGACUCGUUCGACGAAGCGUCCGAGAAGUUAUUGAGUACACAGGAGCAAUGUCUUUUAGAUGCGAGCAUUCUAAGUAAAAGAAGCAAUUAUAAUCAAUUUAAAGCGUCGAAGCGUAAGUCGCGGAAAAAGAACUGGAAGUUUUGGCAAAAGCCUAAAAGUAUCGGAAUAUAAUUAUUGUGAUCAAGUAUAAAAUUGUUGUUGAAAAUUCGGAGAUUGGCUGAGAGUAAACGGAAAAGAGAGAUAUAUAUUUUCGUAUUAGUCAUAUUGUUGCAUAAAUGCACCGUAAGAAACGCGUUAGAGCGCAAAUUUUAGAAGAAAUCGUCGUUCGAAUUUUCUAUCGUUUUCUCAACGUUAUCGGCGGAAUGUACGUCAUGCAAAUGAUUUCUGCUAAACGAUUCCUAAAUUUAGUUGCUCAAUGCUUGUGCUGAAUUUGUUAUAUACCUGCAGCUAUUAAGACUGAAAACUGUGAUGCAACACCUGUUGAUCUGUGAUCUUGCGACAUAUUCACACAUAUGAUAUUUUAUUUAAAUGCAUCGGAUGUUCCAGUCAAGAAUAUAUUUAACGGAAAUUUCAAUGUUUGAACGUUCUUUGGAUUUGACACAUGUAAAUGUAUACUACUUAGUAUAAGAUAAUUGUGCAGAAAUCAUUGUGAAAUAUAAUAGUAAGAUGGAGGAGUAAAGUCAAAUCGAGAUGUCUCUAUCGAGCCGUUUCGAUCAUAUGCAGACUGUAAAUUUCAAUAAUAAUAAUUUUAGGUGAAUAUACAAUUUUGCGGCAACUUUUACUGAUAGUGAUAUACAUUAUACUGCGAUGUUAUGUAAGAUACCAAAUUUUUUUUUUUUCUUUUUUCUUUUACAAUCCAUGUUCCGUGGAAUGCAGAAUGGUCAAAUCAUGAUUGCUAAUUUAUAUCUUCGUUUCGAUUCCAAGUUUUAAAUGUGACAUAAAGCAAU